UUUCUAAGUAUUAUUUAUCUAUAUCAGACACCCAUAGUGUGUUUGUUGUUGAUAUGUAAGUUCGUAAAGAUGCUAAAAUUCCAGAUGUUCUGCAGUUUACUUUGUUUAUUAAUAUAUUUUACAAUUAUUGAAAGUUUGACUGUUCAUUUUUUCCGAAAUGGGAACGAAGUGACUUCAAUUGACUACAGCGCACCCAAUUUACCAACUUUCCAAGAAUGUAGAGCUUGUGAUGGUAUAAUAUUAUCAGGGGGUCAAAUAUUAGAUGAUGACACGGUAUUGCAGACACUUAAGACCCAGUAUGCAGCAAGUCGACAACUUAAGGGUUUGACAAUAACAUUAACAAAGUUAGAAGAACUUGAGGAUAAUGUUUUUCAAGGAUUACAAGUAGCUACUUUAAAAUUGAAUUCAAAUGAAAUUGAGAGAAUCAAGUGCGGGGCAUUUACAGGAUUAAAUCAAUUAAUACACCUGAGUUUGGAAAGCAACAAACUUAAGAAGUUAGAAAGUGAAACAUUUCAAAAUUUACCUAAAUUAGAAGAGAUUUGUCUAAGAUUUAACCAAAUAUCCGAUAUACAAAAUUAUACGUUUAAAAAUCUUCCUCGAAUAAGGAAAUUAGAUAUAGCUUUUAACCAAAUCAUAAAAUGGGAUCCUGCUUAUUUAGAGGACGUCCAGAGUUUAUCAACAUUAGAUUUGGGGCACAACAAUAUCGACAAGAUUUUAGACAAAUCUUUCCAGACACUUCAAUAUUUGGAAACACUUAUUUUGGUAGAUAAUAACAUCAAGUUCAUUGAACACAAUGCAUUUGUUGGUUUGGAUAAUUUAAAGCAGCUAAGACUAGGUCUUAACCAGAUUUCUAAUCUCGAUGUAAGGUUUUUGUCCCCGUUACCGAAUUUGAAGAUUCUAGAUUUGAUGUACAACAAAAUAAAAUCUAUCAAAUCUGAGACAUUUGUGAAUAGUGGUAUUAUGGAUAUUAAGUUGGAUCAUAACGAUAUAGAAGAUAUUGAAACUAAGGCUUUUGUUAAUCUACCUAAUUUGACGCAUCUAAGUUUGAUUGACAAUAAUAUAUCACGAUUUAACGAUGAAACCAUGGUUAACGUCCCAAACAUCAAGCAUGUCUCUCUAGAAGCUAAUCCAAUACUUUGGAAGUGGGAUACCAUUUUUUACAUGGGUUUUAGAUUUCCACUAUUAAUAACAAAUAUAACAGUGUUUUAAAAAAUAAAUUUUUCCGAGACUGUUAAUCAUAA